CUCCCAUUGGUCGCCUCUUGUUUCUUGGGUUCGGUUGCAGUGCAAAGAACGCCCAACGUGUCAAUCGGCGCCCAAGAAGAUCUCCAGAAACGCCUCGCUGUUGACCGGUUUGAGCAGACUACUAUAACCCACCGCUGCUUUCGUUUAAAUCCCCGGCAAUGGACAACAUUAAAGACGGGUGGUUCACCGAAACAUGCACACUGUGGCCUGGUCAAGCGAUGAGUCUUCAAGUAGAGGAGGUUCUGUAUCAUAAGAAAUCGAAUUUCCAGGAUGUAAUGGUUUUUAAAAGUAAAACUUAUGGAAAUGUGCUGGUUUUGGAUGGAGUCAUCCAAUGCACAGAACGAGAUGAAUUUUCUUAUCAAGAAAUGAUAGCCAAUCUACCUCUCUGCAGCCACCCUUGCCCAAAGAAGGUUCUCAUCAUUGGUGGAGGAGACGGCGGUGUCCUGAGGGAGGUUGUCAAGCAUCCGCUGGUGGAGUCUGUUGUUCAGUGUGAAAUUGAUGAGGUUUGUAUCCAGUUAAACCUGAACGUAUGCUUAUAGUUAAAAGGUUUUGGU